UUCUCUUUUUUUUUUUUGGGUAGAGAGAAAAAGAGUCCAUCAUCAAUCCCUUCACCUCUUUCAUCUCUAGAGAGAGAAACUUGGUCUUCUUUGGAUCGAUCUGUUGUUCAUGGAACGGGAAGAUAUCUGGAGAAUUUUUGAAGAUAGUUUAAAGAUCUAGCCGCAGAUCUGGUGAUAGUUUUUGGUGGGUUUUCUGCAUCUGAUUUGAAAAAGUCGCGGAGAGAAGGAACAUGUCUUCUCUUAGUAGGGAGCUCGUGUUCUUGAUCUUACAGUUUCUUGACGAAGAGAAGUUCAAAGAGACUGUUCACAGGCUUGAACAAGAAUCUGGGUUUUUCUUCAAUAUGAAGUAUUUUGAGGAUGAGGUGCACAAUGGCAACUGGGAUGAGGUGGAGAGAUAUCUCUCUGGAUUCACAAAAGUGGACGAUAAUCGGUAUUCGAUGAAAAUAUUCUUCGAGAUCAGGAAGCAGAAGUAUCUUGAGGCAUUGGAUAAACAUGAUCGCCCGAAAGCUGUGGACAUAUUGGUGAAGGAUUUGAAAGUGUUUUCUACCUUUAACGAAGAGCUUUUCAAGGAAAUCACACAGCUCUUGACAUUAGAGAACUUUCGGGAGAAUGAACAGCUAUCAAAGUAUGGGGACACGAAAUCCGCAAGAGCUAUCAUGUUGGUGGAACUCAAGAAGCUUAUUGAAGCAAAUCCAUUAUUCCGCGAUAAAUUGCAGUUUCCUACUCUUAGAAACUCAAGGCUGAGGACUCUGAUCAACCAGAGCUUAAAUUGGCAACAUCAACUUUGUAAAAACCCGAGGCCUAAUCCAGAUAUCAAAACUCUUUUUGUGGAUCAUUCAUGUGGCCCACCAAAUGGCGCGAGGGCACCAUCGCCUGUGAACAAUCCACUGCUCGGCUCAUUACCAAAAGCCGGGGGAUUUCCUCCAUUAGGUGCUCAUGGGCCGUUUCAGCCUACACCUUCACCGGUUCCAACACCUCUUGCUGGUUGGAUGUCAAGCCCUUCUACUGUUCCACAUCCAGCUGUGUCUGGAGGAGCCAUUGCUCUUGGUGCUCCAUCUAUCCCAGCUGCCUUGAAACACUCAAGGACUCCUCCGAUUAAUUCGUCUGUAGACUACCCGUCAGGGGAUUCUGACCAUGUCUCCAAAAGAACAAGGCUUAUGGGAAUCUCUGAUGAGGUGAAUAUAGGUGUUAACAUGUUACCGAUGACAUUUCCAGGGCAGGCCCAUGGUCACGUUCCGGCUUUGAAAGCACCUGAUGACUUGCCGAAGACAGUUGUGCGAUCUUUGAGCCAGGGCUCAUCUCCCAUGAGCAUGGAUUUCAAUCCGAUGAAACAGACUCUGUUACUAGUUGGUACAAAUGUAGGGGAUAUUGGGCUGUGGGAAGUUGGUUCUCGAGAACGUCUAGUUCAGAAAACGUUCAAAGUUUGGGAUUUGAAUAAAUGUUCGAUGCCCCUGCAGGCUGCUUUGGUGAAAGAUCCCGUCGUUUCUGUCAACCGUGUGAUAUGGAGUCUUGAUGGAUCCUUGUUCGGAGUUGCUUACUCAAGGCACAUCGUACAACUAUACUCUUAUCACGGCGGUGAAGACAUGAGGCAACAUCUUGAGAUUGAUGCCCAUGUUGGUGGUGUUAACGAUAUUGCCUUCUCAACCCCAAACAAGCAACUCUGUGUAAUAACGUGCGGUGAUGACAAGACCAUCAAGGUUUGGGAUGCUGCCACGGGUGUAAAACGUCAUACUUUUGAAGGCCACGAAGCUCCUGUAUACUCUGUCUGUCCUCACUACAAGGAAAACAUUCAGUUCAUCUUUUCAACAGCGCUUGAUGGGAAAAUAAAAGCAUGGCUAUACGAUAAUAUGGGUUCUAGGGUGGACUAUGACGCUCCUGGUCGUUGGUGCACAACAAUGGCGUAUAGUGCUGAUGGAACUAGGCUUUUUUCAUGCGGGACGAGUAAAGAAGGGGAAUCGUACAUCGUGGAGUGGAACGAAAGCGAAGGAGCUGUUAAAAGAACAUAUCAAGGAUUCCACAAGCGGUCCCUCGGGGUUGUUCAGUUUGAUACAACAAAGAAUCGUUAUCUGGCUGCAGGCGAUGACUUCUCCAUUAAGUUCUGGGAUAUGGACAACAUUCAACUGUUGACAGCCAUUGAUGCCGAUGGAGGUCUACAGGCAAGCCCGCGUAUCAGGUUUAACAAGGAAGGCUCUCUCUUGGCCGUCUCUGCUAACGAGAAUGUAAUCAAGAUUUUGGCAAAUUCAGAUGGUUUAAGGCUUUUGCACAUGUCAGAAAACAUGUCAUCAGAAUCCUCCAAGCCUGCAAUUAAUUCCGUUGCAGCGGCAGCGGCAGUGGCCGCUGGUUCAAAUGCAGGUCUUACAGAGAGAACAGCCUCUGUUGUUUCCAUCCCAGGAAUGAAUGGAGAAUCCCGAAAUAUGGUGGAUGUGAAGCCCGUGAUUGCUGAAGAAUCCAACGAUAAGUCUAAGAUUUGGAAGCUUACUGAAAUCAACGAACCCUCUCAAUGUCGGUCCCUGAGACUCUCCGAGAAUCUGAGAGUCACCAAGAUAUCAAGAUUGAUUUUCACAAACUCGGGCAACGCUAUCUUGGCGUUGGCAUCAAACGCUAUCCAUCUGCUAUGGAAGUGGCAGAGAAAUGACCGCAACUCAACUGGAAAGGCAACUGCUAGUAUACCUCCUCAACUAUGGCAACCAGCGAGCGGAAUCCUCAUGACAAAUGAUGUGGCUGAAACCAACCCUGAAGAAGCUGUACCUUGUUUUGCUUUAUCCAAGAAUGACUCGUACGUAAUGUCGGCUUCUGGAGGAAAGAUCUCCUUGUUCAACAUGAUGACGUUCAAGACAAUGGCUACUUUCAUGCCACCGCCGCCUGCUGCAACGUUUCUUGCUUUCCACCCUCAAGACAACAAUAUCAUUGCCAUCGGGAUGGACGAUAGCACUAUACAGAUUUACAACGUCCGUGUGGAUGAGGUUAAGAGCAAGCUCAAAGGUCAUUCUAAGAGGAUAACGGGACUCGCCUUCUCUAAUGUACUAAACGCUCUGGUUUCGUCUGGAGCAGAUGCUCAGCUUUGCGUUUGGAACAUGGAUGGAUGGGAGAAGCAGAAAAGCAAGCUUCUGCAACUUCCGCAGGGAAGAACAGCUUCCGCGCCAUCAGACACACGAGUGCAGUUCCAUCAAGACCAGGUUCACUUCCUGGUCGUGCACGAGACACAACUCGCCAUAUAUGAAACAACCAAACUCGAAUGCAUGAAACAGUGGGUUGUGAGAGAAUCAUCUGCCCCGAUCACUCAUGCAACGUUCUCGUGCGAUAGCCAGCUGAUCUAUGCGAGUUUCAUGGAUGCGACGGUCUGCGUGUUUAGCUCUGCAAACCUUAGGUUGCGCUGCCGAGUUAACCCUUCAGCGUAUCUGCCUGCUAGUCUGAGCAACUCCAAUGUACAUCCACUGGUGAUAGCAGCACAUCCGCAGGAGCCAAAUAUUUUUGCGGUGGGAUUGUCAGAUGGAGGAGUUCACAUAUUCGAGCCGAUGGAGUCUGAGAGCAAAUGGGGGGUGGCACCGCCUGCUGAGAAGGGCUCAGCCAGCAGCAUCGUGGCUACGCAGUCGGUGGGAGCCUCGGCCUCCGACCAGCCCCAGAGAUGAUCUUGAAACCUUAGUCACCUUUAGUCAAUCUCUCUAGUUUCUGUUUGUUCAAUCUUUUUUUUAAAAAAAUCUUGGGCAGAAGACUUGCUGACUCAAAUCUAACAAGUCGGAUGAAUCGGGUUCUCGUCUGUUUUUUUUUUAAUUAAUUUUGUCAAGGGUAAAUUGAUGUAACAUAACUAUAGCACGACGACUGUCGUUGGAUCCAUGUCGUUUCAGAAAAAUGUCACGGAAAAGAAAACUCCCGAGAACCGACUAAAGAGUUCACUUCUGUUGUC